AUGUGUCAGAACAAUCAGACCAAGGUUUCUGAAUUUGUGCUUCUUGGAAUAAGCAGCUUCCAUGACUUCAAGAUUUUGAUGUUCGCUUUUUUCCUCAUUCUCUACACUGCAAUUUUAAGUGAAAAUUUUUUUAUUGUCCUACUGGUUUCGAUCAGUCACCAUCUUAAGCGUCCCAUGUACUUUUUCUUAAAAAAUUUAGCUAUUGCUGAUGUUCUGGCCACCUCAAAUGCUGUGGCUCCCCUGCUAUUUGGUAUAAUAAGAGAAAGGGGAAUCAUAUCUGUAUCUUAUUGUAUAUUUCAGUAUUAUCUACUUUGUUUUUCAGGAUUUGCACAGUCCUUUCUUCUUACUAUUAUGUCAAUUGACAGAUAUCUGGCCAUUUGCAAUCCCUUACGUUAUGUCACAAUAAUGAAUAUGAAAAAUUGCCUCUAUCUUGUCUGUUUAUCUUGGUUAGUUGCCUUUACAUUGAUAACAAGCGAAAUAAUUAUGAUGUACCAUUUGCAGUUUUGUGACUCCAAUAUCAUUGACCAUUUCUUUUGUGAUAUUGGUCCAGUGACAAAGAUUUCUUCUUCAGAUACAUUUGUAUUGUUAUCUUAUGACUUUGUGCUAUCUAUGUUCUUUAUAUUUGCUCCUUUUAUCCUUGUUAUUAUAUCCUAUGCUGGCAUCAUCAUAACCAUCAUAAAGAUGUCCUCUGUUAUUGGAAGAAAAAAGGCUUUUUCUACUUGCAGCUCUCAUCUGGUUGUUGUAUGCACUUACUAUGGAACCCUGAUAGCAAUAUAUUUAGUGCCAUCUUCAGGAAAUUUGUCAGAAGAAAACAAAUUUAGAACUUUGCUAUACACUGUAUUAACUCCAUUGGUCAAUCCAAUUAUUUACUGCCUUAGAAACAAAGAUAUUAGGAGUGCCAUGAACAGACUCUUUCAUAUUCAAAAGAAAACAUAA